UAGUCGUGGCAGCAUAAAAUGCGAGGAGGUGAGGAGGAGAGCAGCAAAUGAUUUAUAAAAAGAGGAGGACGCACACGAGGCCUCACAGUUCACCGAAUCCAAGGCAUAAACAGCUAAAAUUAACAACUUCAAUCGGAGGAAGCGUCAACCAUCCUUGGGAUUCUUUCCAGACGAUGAUCGCAGCUGAUUCUUUCUAGAGUUGAAUCGCGUUCGCAUUCCCCAUUCUACGCUGAGAGCCGGCGAAGGCGAGCCAUGGUCGACCACGCCGUCAGAUCUGAGAUCUCGUUCCCUGGAAGGUUCGCGAUUAGUGCGAUCGCCGCCUGUUUCGCAGAGCUUUGUACCAUUCCUUUGGACACAACAAAAGUCAGGCUUCAGCUCCAAAAGAAAGCGAUUACAGUAGAUGCAAUUGCUGCACCUCAAUACAGGGGAAUGCUUGGAACUGUUGCCACAAUUGCUAGGGAAGAAGGCUUGGCGGCACUUUGGAAAGGCAUCAUUCCUGGUCUUCAUCGUCAAUUUCUGUAUGGAGGGUUACGGAUUGGGUUGUAUGAGCCGGUCAAAUCCUUUUAUGUUGGAGAUUAUUAUGUUGGGGAUAUUUCUCUAUCCAAGAAAAUACUUGCUGGCCUUACAACAGGUUAUUGCGCCAUAGCAAUUGCGGUAGCAAAUCCCACUGACCUUGUGAAAGUUCGGCUUCAAGCUGAGGGAAAGCUUCCAGUUGGAGUAUCAAGAUGUUAUUCAGGAGCAUUGAAUGCCUAUUACACAAUAAUCAGGCAGGAAGGACUGGGGGCUCUUUGGACUGGGCUUGGUCCAAAUAUUGUACGAAAUGCAAUCAUAAAUGCUGCAGAGUUGGCUAGCUAUGAUCAUGUAAAGCAGACUAUAUUGAAAAUUCCCGGAUUUUCAGAUAAUGUGUUUACACAUCUUUUAGCUGGGUUGGGGGCUGGCCUUUUUGGAGUUUGUAUUGGUUCUCCUGUUGAUGUUGUGAAAUCAAGAAUGAUGGGUGAUUCAACGUACAAAAGCACACUAGAUUGCUUCAUUAGAACAUUGAAAACUGAGGGACCUUUAGCUUUCUACAAGGGGUUCUUUCCAAAUUUUGGUCGGCUUGGCUCGUGGAAUGUUAUAAUGUUUUUGACAUUGGAGCAGGUUAAAAAGUUCUUUACAAGAUAAAUAUCAACCCGAUGAAAACAUUUUAUUCUCAUAGAAUGAAUAAAGUUGGUGCAGCAAAGUACGGGAACACUCAUACAGCUCAAGCAAAAUACAGUAUCAUAUUUAUCACAUUGUUUAGUAUGUAAGGCAUAUAUGGAUGAUGUGUUGUACUAGUACUAAAAAAACUACAUGUUACUAGUUAUCCUGUGAAACACAAUUUGUUAUCCGAUAAUCAAAGUGAAAUUGGUAUGUUGCAAAUAGAAGGAUUCUUUAUGUAGAACAAAACGUGUAAAAUGUUGAAUACAUACCUCCCCAUUAAACUAAA